AAAAAUUAUCAGUCGGACCCGCCAACAGUAAGUUCGAGUGCGUGUGCGAGUGGCGACAGGAAGAUUUCAAUUUAGAAUGGUAGAUUCCAUGGGAAUUACACACUAGCUCAAUUCUCUGCUUCCAUUUGUCUAAGGCUAUAAGCAACUGCAACUCCUCUUGCUUGCAUUUGUUUUCUCCAUCUCUCUCUUUGUCUCUGUGUGAAACCGAAAUUCACAGAGAGAGCAGGACAAGCUGGCCAUGGCUUCAUCCUCCUUUCUCAUUCCCUUCAUUUUCUCUCUCUUCCUUCACUACCCACUCUCUUCCGAUGCAGAUCUCCACCAAACAAGACUCUUUGGAGCAGAGCUUCUCUCUCACGCAGCCCCCAAAGACGUUCCUGUCACCCGUUUCUUCGAAGUUACCAAACCUAUCAAAGUACCCAGGACAGAACCUUGCUCUGUUCUUGUCCUUCAACAUGAUUUCGGCUACACAUAUGGCCGACCACCUGUUCUUGCUCAAUAUACUCCCCCUUCAGACUGCCCAUCCCAGAAAUUUUCCAAAAUCGUCCUUGAAUGGAAUGCCACCUGUAAAGGAAGACAAUUUGAUCGCAUCUUUGGUGUUUGGUUGGGUGGAGUUGAGCUUCUUCGAAGUUGCACAGCUGAACCUAGAGCCACUGGAAUCGUUUGGACGGUCAAGAAGGACAUCACGAGGUACUCUUCAUUGCUUAAGGACCCCCAAACACUAGCUGUUUAUCUGGGUAACCUUGUUGAUCGAACCUACACUGGAAUUUACCAUGUGAAUAUCACAUUCCACUUUUGGCCUGCGGAGGAACCUUUCCGUUUCCAUAAGCCAAAAUGGGUGAAUUCAGUUAAUAGGUUUAACUCUCCGGCCGAUCUGGUAUUGCCCAUUUCGCGAAAUCUCCCCUUGAAUGAUGGUUUGUGGUUUCUGGUUGAGAACUCAACGGAUGUCCAAUUGAAGCAGUUUUCGGUUCCCCGGAAUGCUUAUAGAGCUAUAUUGGAGGUUUAUGUUUCUUUCCAUUCAGAUGAUGAAUUCUGGUAUGGGAAUCCUCCCAAUAAUUACAUAGCUGCAAACAAUCUUACAGGGACACCAGGGAAUGGACCUUUCAGAGAGGUUGUGGUUAGUCUUGAUGGCACUGUAGUUGGUGCUGUCUGGCCUUUUACCGUGAUAUAUACUGGAGGGGUCAAUCCCCUACUAUGGAGACCAAUCACUGGAAUUGGAUCGUUUGAUCUCCCUUCCUAUGAUAUUGAUAUUACUCCAUUCCUAGGAAAGAUUUUGGAUGGGAAGCAGCACCAGUUCGGGUUCAGUGUAACAAAUGCUCUUAGCGUGUGGUUCAUAGAUGCAAAUUUGCACGUCUGGUUGGAUAAAGACAGUAAAAGAACUGAAGGAGAGCUGAUUGAGUAUAGUACCCAACCUCUUAUGCUCACCUUAGUUUCAGAUUUCAAAGGGCUUGAUGGAAAUUUCCUUACUACUGCAAGUAGGUCCAUUUUUUCAUCUGGGUGGUUGAAAUCUUCCCAUGGAAACAUCACAACCCAUUCAAACCAAGACUUCGUCUACAGAAACAUGAUGGAGUUUGGGAACGAUGGGAAUCAGCAGAUAGUGAACCAGACAAUAGAUGCUAAUACCAGUGUUUAUGAGAGGCUCCUAUCUGAUUUAUAUUUAAUCGAUGUAUCUCGAAGGUUCCCACUUUAUUUGUACACUGACCUUUUGGAUCAAGGAAAUGGCACCUACGCUUCAGUUUCAAACUUGUCUUUGGGGUUCAACCAGGAUAUAUUUUCACAUGGCCCCUUGGGUUUCUCGAGUGGCUUUCUCAAAAAUCUGCAGACCGGACAGGGUUCUAUGAUUGUAAAGGGGAACUUGGUAACCAGUGGUUUGGGAAGCACUCAGCAGGUAUAUACAUACGAUGGGACAGAUGGAUGCUACUUUAGGAAUGUCAGCAGUAGAAAUUAUACCAUUCUUUAUGAUCAAAUAAAGCAGCACUGCAACAGAAAACGACACCUCAGCUUGGGCUUUGAAGUCAACAGAAGAUCUUUUCCUGCUCGGAGGGCUUUUCUUGCAUCAGCUUUACAUUAUCAAAAGAAGCAGGUGAGUUGAGAUCAAGCGCUGGUGUUAUUAUUUGUGACUACAAUGAUGGUGUUUGCCCCAGCUAUUCCUCUGUCAGUAGCUGAGCCUCCUACCACGGAAGCGUGUCAUAUUUAGAGGGAAUUAAUUUGCUCCGCAGAUGGGCAUCGAUAAAAUUCAUAUUGAAGGAGACCGUUUGUAAGUGGUGCAGCUUUUGUUGGUGGAUAAUAUGGAUCCAUAAUGGUGCAUCUAUAACAUAGUUGCUGAUUGUAAAAUUUAGGCCAUAUUUGAUUCACUGAUGUGGACUUCAUUCAUGGAAUUCUUGCUCAUUCAGGGUGGUAAGAAUGAAGUA